AUGGAUCCAUUGUUGUUCAAAGCUGCAAAAGAUGGGGGCAUUGAGGCUUUACUCAAGCUUCUGGGAAGUGAUCCUCUAAUCCUGGAGCGUGUGGCAACCACAACUGCUGAUACUCCUCUGCAUGUUGCGGCCAUGCUUGGACAUCUUGAUUUUGCAAAGGAGGUCCUCAAGCACAAAACCAACGUGGUGGAAUAUGUGAAAGAAUUGAACCAGCAUGGAUAUAGCCCCAUUCACUUAGCUGCUGCAAAUGGGCAUGUCAAUGUUGUGGAGAGGCUCCUAGGAAUUAGCCAUGAGCUUUGCUAUCUCAGGGGAAAAGGAGGUUUAACCCCACUUCAUUAUGCUUCCAUUAAAGGAAGAGCUGAUACUAUUAGUCUGCUUCUCUCCAGUUCUCCACUUUGUGUUGUGGAGGAGACAGAGAGGGGAGAAACUGCCCUGCAUAUUGCAGUGAGAAACAACCAGCUUGAAGCUCUUAGAGUACUGGUGGAAGGGCUGAAGAGGAGUAACAAUUUGGUGAUUAUAAACUGGAAGGACAGGGAAGGGAACACCAUUCUCCACUUGGCUGCAGCCAGAAAAAAUCAUCAGGUUAUUGAAUUGUUGCUGAACUGCAAUAAUAGAAGUCCAGGAGUGCUGGAAGUGAACGCCACAAACAAGAUUGGCCUAACAGCAUUGGAAAUUUUCCUACUUUGCCCAUGUGAAUCAGGUGGCUGUUCAGAAACUGAAAGGCUACUGAGGAGUACUGCUGGAGCAGCAAGAGAUUGGGCCUCAAACCCCAUCAGUACUCCUGUUCAAACUACUCAUAAUCAAGUUCCCAAACAUUCAGACUUCCCAGUUUGCAUUGAUAAUAACAUCGCUGUCUCCAACUUGGGAAGCCACACUCAUAAUAGCAUUUGCAGUCAGCCAAAUCCCCCAACUCCCACAAACAAUGGGGUGCCCUCCAACUCCUCAAGACCACAAAUUACAUCUGAGCCUUACCUUGUGUUUCCCUCGGAUCAUGGUACACCGAGUGAAGUUCGGAAUGCAAUGCUAGUGGUGGCCAUAUUGAUAGCAACAGCUACUUACCAGGCAGUGCUAAGCCCUCCCGGUGGGCUUCAGCUGCUGGAUCCUAAAUCUGGUCAUGGUGUAGUUGCAGAAGACAGAUUCUUGCGGCUAUUUUUCGUGUUUUUGAACAGUGCAGUGUUCCACAUAUCCUUGUAUAUGAUUGUGAAACUCAUCGGAAAGUCCCAUAUGCAACUGGAGCUUUUUGCAGCCAUAGUAGCCAUGUUCUUCACCUAUGAAACUGGGUUGUUUAUAAUUGCACUCAGAAGUGGUAUAGGGAUACAAUUCGUCAUCCCCACCAUAUGUAUGCCUUCUCUUCUACAAGGUCUGUCCACAAUUAUAAAAAUGACCAGGGUGGUUUGGAAAGAGCUCAGGAGCGGCUCCCAACCCACAAACAUGGUGUGA